AUGGGAAAAGCUCAAUUUGAUCAACAUUCAGAUGAUCAGAUGUUGAAAACAGAAAACAAAAAGAUGGUGGAUUCUCCAAAGGCUUUCGAUGCAAUCUCUAUUCCGAUGGGAAUCUUCUUUACUGUUUUCUUCUCAGUUGUCUAUUACCUUCUUAUCAGAUGGCGUGAGAAGAUCAGAAACUCCACUCCUCUCCAUGUUGUCAACAUGUCUGAAAUGGCUGCCAUUAUCACCUUCUUCGCCUCCUGUAUCUACCUUCUUGGAUUCUUUGGUAUGAACUUCGUCCAGGCUACACCAUUUACAGAAACAGAGGAAGAAGACGAACUAGAAGAAGAAACAACUCCCUGUGGUGCUUCCAUUAUUCGCGAAUCUGAUAUCGUAUCUGUAAAAGAAGUCAUGAAGAAGGAAGUGGAAACAGUAAUCGUAGCAACAGAUACAAUUGUUACUGAAGAAGAUGAAGAGGUGAUACAAGCGGUGGUUUCCGGCAGAACACCGUCUUACUCACUGGAAUCGAAACUCGGGGACUGCAAGCGUGCAGCCUUCAUCAGAAGAGUGGCGUUAGAGAGAAUCACCGGAAAAUCUCUGGAAGGUUUGCCGCUUGAGGGGCUUGAUUAUGAAUCGAUAUUAGGUCAAUGUUGCGAGAUGCCGGUUGGUUAUGUCCAAAUUCCGGUGGGUAUCGCCGGCCCCUUGUUGUUGGACGGAAUGGAGUUCUCCGUCCCCAUGGCCACCACCGAAGGGUGUCUUGUCGCUAGCACGAAUCGCGGUUGUAAAGCUAUUUAUGUCUCCGGUGGAGCCACCAGUGUGUUACUUAAAGACGGGAUGACUCGGGCUCCGGUGGUUCGUUUCGCCACCGCGAAACGGGCGGCGGAUUUGAAAUUCUUCUUGGAGGAGCCGCUCAAUUUCGAAACCCUAGCUUCUGUUUUCAACAAAUCGAGCCGAUUUGGGAGGCUUCAGACAAUCCGAUGUGCGAUUGCAGGGAAGAAUCUAUACAUUAGGUUUACUUGUAGCACGGGAGAUGCGAUGGGGAUGAACAUGGUUUCGAAAGGUGUUCAAAACGUUUUGGAGUAUCUCCAAGCGGACUUCCCUGACAUGGAUGUGAUUGGCAUCUCCGGGAACUAUUGUUCCGAUAAGAAACCGGCGGCGGUGAAUUGGAUUGAAGGGAGAGGGAAAUCGGUGGUGUGUGAGGCGGUGAUACCGGAAGAAGUGGUGAAGAAGGUGUUGAAGACGGAUGUAGCUUCGUUGGUGGAGUUGAACAUGCUCAAGAACCUCACCGGAUCCGCCAUGGCCGGAGCUUUGGGCGGUUUUAAUGCUCAUGCGAGUAACAUCGUGUCCGCUGUGUAUCUCGCUACAGGACAAGAUCCCGCACAGAAUGUUGAGAGCUCUCAUUGUAUCACGAUGAUGGAGGCUGUUAAUGGCGGGAAAGACCUUCAUGUGUCUGUGACUAUGCCGUCGAUUGAGGUGGGGACGGUUGGUGGUGGGACCCAGUUGGCAUCACAGUCUGCGUGUUUGAAUUUGUUGGGAGUGAAGGGUGCAAAUAAAGAGUGCGCCGGAGGAAAUGCAAGGCAGUUGGCGAAGGUGGUGGCGGGGUCUGUUUUGGCCGGAGAGUUGUCGCUGAUGUCUGCAAUUGCGGCUGGGCAACUUGUCAAGAGUCACAUGAAGUACAACCGUUCCAGCAAAGAUGUUUCUGCCAAACCUUAA